CACUUCACAUGUCACCAGCCGAGGCUUCCACUGCCUCCUACCUUAGAUAGGUGCUCUUCCUCGGAUGCACCUUUACACACAUGGCACACAGCCCCCUGCUUUUCAUACACUCGGGGCACACGGAUUGCGGGUGUUUGGCUUAGCUAGGACACAGCUCGAGUCCAGGUGAGCCGGCAAGUUCAGGAGCGCAGCCCGGACUUGUACCAGAAAAUAGUGCCCUCCAGGUUUUCCGAAGGUUACCCCAAUACCUUCUUCUCUUUCCUUCUCCCCAUACCCCUCUUCAUUUCUUCUUCCUCCCUCUGCCUGUCUCUCUCCCUUUCCUCUCUCCCUUCCCCACCCUACCCUUUCUACUUCCCUCAUCCCUCUCCAGCGCUCCCCCUUCGGCCCCGCCACCUUGCACCCUUGCGGAGACUCGAACCGCUUACCGGGGGCUGCACGCAGGGGAAGGAGGCCGGGAGGGAGGGUGGGAGGCACUUACUUCCAAGUCGUUGAGCCUGGGGGGAGGGUAGUAGUGGGGAGGAAGGAGGGGGCCGGGGGAGGUGGCGGCAGAAGCAGCGGGAGGAGGAGGAGGCGGAGGAGGCGGAGGAGGCGGAGGGCGAGGCGCACUAGGCAUGCUCGCUCAGCAGCGGCCGCUUCAGGCUGGGCUGCUCGCUCGCUCGCUCACAACCCCGCGGCCGGGGACGGCGGCGGCGGCGGCUGCGGCGGGGCCAGCAGCGGGAGGCAGCAUGAAGGAGCCUCUCGGGCCUGCUGACUUAAGGAAUGCUGGGGGAAGCUUACUCACAAAAUCCAGCCUAAAAGGAAAGGUGACGGAUCCUGCCCGAGAGAGGUUUCCAAUGGCUGAGCUUUGACAGACACCAAUGCACCAUGUACAGUGUGGAGGAUCUCCUCAUUUCACAUGGAUACAAAUUGUCACGUAAUCCUCCAGUACCCCAUGGGGAUAGAUAUGAUGGAUAUCAGCAGGAUUGUUCAGAGAGUAGAGCUGGUCAUGGAACAUUGAAUGGGUAUGAAGCACACCCUACAGCCUUUGCUUAUAAUAAGAAAUCGCUGGGAAAAGGAUAUUUGAGUGACAAUGAGCACAGUGGAGCAGUAUCGGGGAGCCACAGAGAUCCCCCCAAUUCAUCUGCUUUCCAUCACUCUAAGGAGGGGUUUUAUAACCAGCCACCAUUAGAGUGGUCUUCUCAGCCUAAGCCAGAUCUUGCCUAUUGGAGACGAAAAGGACAAGACUUCAGUGUGCUGCUGGAUUAUACAGACCGAGGAAACCUGGAAACCCCCAGAAUGGCAGAGCCCCAUGGUGUGAACCGAAAUGUGAGAGAGGGUCAGUUGGAAGUAGGAUCGAGGUUGGAAAACACGAUGAAGAGAGCAGUUUUGGAAGACAGCUGGAAAAUAGCCAGAGAUCCCAAGUGGCAGAAUGCAAAUUUUGAAAGCUGGAACCAGCCUAGGAGACUGGGGAGGCAGAUGUCUGAUGGAGAUGGUGAGAAGCUGCUUCAAGAUGUGUACUCAUUUACUAAAGGAGAUAAUACAUUUAAUUCCCAAAACAAGGGGAAGUCCCAGUCAUUGCCUAGAGUGCUUUCCCCUGACAGCCUAAGAUGUGUGGAAAUGCCCAUUCUGAUAAAUGAUUACCAUUUCCCAGGGGAUACUAAAAUGCUAUUUUAUCCUACAAAUAGUACAUCAAACUUGGAAUACUUAAGAAACCCUGAAAAGGUUGACCCCUAUAUUCCUUUACAAAAGCCCAAGUAUGGGAGACCCCUAAAACCUCCGUCUUAUGAACUUCAUCGACAAACUCGAAGUGGAGUAGAAACCAGCAGGUAUCAGGACAACUACCAGAGAGACUGUGUUUCUUUUCUGCCUCAAACUAAUGAGCCCAGGCAGGACCCUUAUAACCCAGAUCCAAAUUUGGAGCCUCCCAUGUAUGUCCCACCACCAUCUUACAAGUCACCACCCCAGCAGAACACAAAUCCACAUUUCCUAAACGAAGUGCCUCAUUUCCAGUAUGGUGGUCACAUACAGCAGCAGCAGCAGCGGCUGAUGAUGGAGAAGCCCAUUGCUGGCCAUUACUCUUCAUCCAGCUCCUACAGGUCUGGGAAUCAAUAUGGUGCAAGUGGGUGUCCCCCCCAUGGGCUUUCUGGAUACCCCCAGCACGUGGAAGCUUGUAACAGCUCAGUUCAGUAUAUUCCCUUCAAUGACCCACGAAUUCGACACAUCAAAAUGACCCAUCAUCAGGACCUCGGCCAGCAAACCAAAUUCCUUGAAACGCUAUGUACCACAGGUCCCUCUGAUUUCCAAGGCCCAGCUCGGGUUCAAGCACAAGAUGAUGGUGCCUUUUUGCAUCCCGAAAGUCAAGUCCCCACAACCAAAAGUGAGAAUGAUCCUGCCACGUACGCACCUAACCUCGGGUGGCUCCCAGCAGCAACCCCCCCAGACAGAGAAAUCUGUGCCUUGCCUGACCAAAGAGACAAUUGUGUUUUAAGUGAACAACAGCCUGAUAAGGGAAGUAGCCGUCAGCAGUGCACUAAAGGGAGGGUUUCUUCCCAAAUCCCACAGCGGGAGAGUACCUGUGAAACCAUAACUAAGCUCAAAACAUUUCAAACUGGGAUUCAGACCAAGAAAAGUUCAAAGAAAAAAGUGAACGAGACUGUAUUUUGCUUGGUUUCUGUCCCAGUUAAAUCAGAGCCACAUCUGCCAGAUACAGAUAGGAAUAACAAUGAUUUAAAACAGAAUACUGAUAAAAAGAAUGGCAAUGAUAAGAAUGGGGUUUUGCAAGAACAAAGUCUCUUAAGCAUGUCUUCCACAGACCUGGAGCUGCAAGCACUUACAGGAAAUAUGGCCAGUAAAACUGAGUUACAAAAACAAGGACUCGGAGGGCCAAAACAGUACAAACAAACAAAUGACCUCAGAUUCAGUCAUCCCAUCAAACACAGGGAGCUCAGAUAUUCUGGCUCUUGGCCAGGUGACCAGUACAGAGACCAGCAAACGCAGACCCCUAUCACUCAAGAAUCCCAAACCUCCCAGUUUCUCCCUGCUAAAAAGAUGGAGAGCCAACACGACACACUUCCCCUUCCAAAAGUAUCAGACCCUGCUCUGAAAUUAUCAGAACUCUCUGCCUCUGAAACUCUGAAGACAACAGCAUCACCUCCCAAUGACUGGAAGAUGAGACCAAAUACCUGCAAUCUGAAAGGUCAAAUGUACUUCAGUCCAUCUAGCAAUAGUGCUUUCUCGAGGACUGCUUCAUCCACGAUUCCUAUAUCAAAAGCAGGCCAAAGCCAGCCUCAUGGGCCCUCUGCAAAUAUAAAUGAGAGGGACACUAAGCCAGUAUUCAAAGGUCAAGUGGUGAAGGGUGACUCAAGUGCCCCGUGUAAUAGUAAGGAGCUCUUUGGUCAGUUUCUCUUAAAACCAGUUAGCCGUCGUCCCUGGGAUGUAAUAAGUCAAUUAGAAAGUUUUAACAAGGAACUUCAAGAACAGGAAGAAAGUAGUAAUAAUAGUAGCAGAAGCAAUAGCAGUAUUGAUGGAGAAAUUGCAGAAAGUGAGCAACAGAUGCAGGAGGAUAUUGGUGCUGAUGCUGACCUAAAGGACUGUAAGCCCGAUGAACCCAGUCAAGAAAUGACAGUUAGACUACAGCCAAGGAUAACAGCACCAGAGAAUCCUGUAUUUAAAUCAGGAAGAGUUAAGAGUGUGGAGCUGAUAUCUGAUUACAUAUGUGACUAUCCCCAAGCACAGAUCUUGCAAAGAAGAGAUAGCAAAGGUGAAUCUGUCAAGCCCUUAGCUGAAAGCAUGAUUCCAGAAACAAGAAAGCAGGAAAUGGAGUAUAGAAUAGACAAAUUGGCUAUCAGCCCAGAUCCUGGGAGAAGAAUGAUGUCAAGUAGUUUGAUGAAGACAGCUCCAAACUCCUCAAGCUACCCAACUGACAUAAGAGAGCCCCAAGAAAAUAGGCAAUAUAGCGAUGUAUUAAAUUCUUUACAACCAAGCCAGAUGAUUCAUCCCAGGAGUGAUGGAGUUAAAGAGAGGGAGUCAGAAGGGCAGAUUUCUUUAGUGAACAAAACCCAGGGUCUGUCUGAACCAGAAAUAAAGUUUGUGGAGCAUGAUAUGGGUCCUGUGCAUAGGCCCAACAAGCUAGAUGGCAUUUUAGAAAAACCAGGUGCAAUAGAAAUCCCUCCUAAUGAACCUCUUCAAACACGGGCUGCACGGAUUCUGGGCAUAGAAGUAGCAGUGGAGUCCCUCAUCCAUGGUAACAAGGACAAGGGGACAAACCUUCCUCCCGGUCCUGCUGAAAAUAUUCCCAAGGCUGAUUUUCCAGCAGUAGAAACAUCAUAUAAUUUGGUGCAGCCAAAUCCCCCUGAGACCACAUCAUCAAAAAGUGCUUUUGAUAGCAGGAGAAAGUGUGGCUGGACCGAAAGCCCUCUCUUUGUAGGAGAGAGAGACACACAUUUGAAGACACGUGUAAUUCGCCAAGAUUCUGAACUAAACUCAGAUGGAAAUGGUGAUGACACCAUUAAUUCUUUGGUCUCUGAAUUUGAGCCCAAAUCAUCAUCUAAGCUCCAUGAUCAAAAGGACCUCAGGACAAAUCAGUCCUACAAGUCAACUUUGUUUCAUUAUCUGGAAAGAAACUCUACCGGGAUGGGCUCAGAAAAGAAAUUCAGAAGCACCUCCAAGGUGAUUGAAACUAUCCAAGAGAAAUUAGUCAGCCCCCCGACCAAAACAGCUGUGGAUCGGCUAAUGAGAAUGAAGGAAGUAGAUUCCAUUUCUCGAAUUAGGCGUCUCAGUUCUAAGAGCACGGAUUCUGGGGAGGAGACAGAGGAAGAGAAAAUUCAGAGGAGACUGGAAGGACCGAAAAGGAACUUUGGUUCUUUGAACGGCAGUGACCCAGGACACAAAGUGGAGGAUGCUAAUGCUGUGUCGAAGCACAUCAUAUCUCUUGAAGAAAAUGGCCAUCAGACAGUACAUAGUGCAAAGAAGAAUUCAGAGCAAGAUUUUUUUUGCCUAGAUACAUAUGAUCCUAGCCGAGUUGAAAGAGUCUGAUAUGAACGCCUGUGCAAAUGUCGAACACUCCAGCCCUCUCAUUAAGUAUUCUCCAAUUCGGGGCUGAUCAGUCUGCCUGGCCCAGGCGUUUGCUUAGAAAUCAUGACUAGUUUUGCUGUAUUGAUAAAGCCUUUACCACUGCCGAUAGAAUUAAUCAUUCUUCUAGAGCUGUUUUGUGGAGAUAAUGAAAAUUUUGCCCUUUGAAGUGACACCUGUUCCUGUCGCCGUUCUAAUUAAGUUGUGCCUACUUUUGUCAAGCUUGUCCUAGAAAGUACCAACCAUAUGUGUAAAGAUUUCCCUCUGGGAAGCCUGCAGUUCCCAUCACCAUCACCACCACCACCUCUGUUGUGUAUAACUUUUCUGGCCCAGUGGAUUUUUUGAGACUCUUUUCUUUCAGUGUCAUUGGAUUUGUUGGUCAGUUUGAUUAGGGUAGAUGUUAUUAGUGGGAGGUAUACUAUUUCAUUACAGAAAGGAGGGAAUGCCCACACUGAUCAUCAGAGCCUUAAUAUUUAAAUCUAUUUUUUUCUUGGUGAAAGGCCACUAUUAUUUAAAAUCAUCAUGGUGAAAUAAACUAGUCUAAAUUCAUGGAACAUAUUUUGAGCUGUGCAAUAACCUAUCCCAUGAAAUAGGAUGCAUUUUAACAACACCCAUCACAAAUUCAAGUGGCUCAUCAAUGAGAUAGCUUGAAGUAACCCUAAUCACUUUUAGAGAGUGAAACAGUGACUUUUUCUGGCAAGUGUUCAUCAUGAAGUUUUUACUGCUAGGAUGAUAGCAGCAGACUAGGGAAUGCUAAUGACUGGAAAGAAAACCAGGCUUUGAUUCAUAUCAGAACAAGUGACUAGAAGGAACCCAGGUUUAGUGCAGCAACUUUCAAAGAAUAUAUUUGUGAUCAUUGGCCAUCUUUGUUAAAAGUUACUGGGUAAUGCAGAAUUAAGUAUCAAGGUUAACAUCUCUUGGAAAGUGAUAAAUGUCACAAGAUCAUAGUUAUAGAAAUACUUGACUUUGAGGAAUUUCUGAUGUCCUAAGUUUUUGUAAACAAAAACUUUCAUAUUUGGGGCCAUUAUUCUGCUUAAAAUAGUGACUGCCUGAUCCAUCCAUGAAUGGAGACAGGAUUUAAGAGGAGGGGGUGGGAUGGGGCUAAGCUAUUGCUUGAGUGAGGAAUUUUUGUGUGUCUUUUUUUUCCACUCAAGCUAUAUAUUUUGUGCAUCUGUUUAUGGGAGUAGAAUUGCUACUCUAAACUGGAUUUAGGAAAAACAUUCCAAAUGACCUUUAAGAAUCUGCACAGUGGGAGGUCUUUCCAAAGAGUGGGAUGUUUCUCUCUGGCCAGUACUGAUCAGGCCAAGAAUAGGGAGAUGAUAAAGCAGAAGAAAGAGAGGGAG